AUGUCAAAAGAACAAAAUAAAUUCAAGCACAUUCUCCUGGUCCCCAACAUUGUCUCUGAUCAAGCCUUCUUGCAAAGACAUAAAACAUUCCAAACCUAUGUUAAAAAAGCUCACUCAGAUCUCUACUAUUUGUAACUGAAGAAGAUCGGAGGGUUGAGGAAAUCCAUUGCAGAAAAGGCUGAUUACGGCUAAGUUUUACAACAGAUUAAAAGUAACAGACUACAGAAUGAGUAUUUGAAUCAACAGAAGAAGAAUCAAGGGUUUAUGUACAAUAAUUAACUAUGGUCAGAUAAAUACUAUAAUCAAAUCUAUCAGAUGACUAGAUUGUCUCAACUCUCAGAAGUUCUCAGCAAACAAAAAACCAAAGGCAGAGAUUAAUUAAUCAAGGAUUUCGAAGUCUACUUCAAUAAACACGUUCAUCCAAUCAAUGAUGAAUUUACUGAAAUCUAAAAAGUCCUACCUCUUUCAAAUUGUACAACCAAGUGCAGUUCAAGAAUUAACUCCUAAAAGUUCUUACUCCCUACAGAAAGACGAUUAAAUUCCAAACAAGAAACCCAAGAGGAUGAUAUCAUUAGAGUCAAAUCUCUGCAGACCUCGUUCCACAAAUCAGUUAAUGACAAAAUAGUUAACCUUUUGGAUGAAGCCAGCAAUCUACACAUCCAGAAUCUGGAAACCAUCAAGUAAGUUUCAUCAAGAUAUUUAAAUAGAAAAACCAGGGUAUUCUAAACUGAAUAGAGCUCCUCUCGAAAAAUCAUCUAUUCUCAAAUCCAAAGAAGAAAUGAACGCAUUAACAUUUAAACCUCCAUGAGGAAUAGAUAAAUUCAUUUUAAAAAUAAAUUUGUAUAAGAAAGAUUUUAGAAGGAAAUAGAAAAAUUAUCUGCUUAGAACCUUUGA